UUUCAUUGGUUGUCUACAUUUGACACAAAUUUUAAACCGAAGGCAAGUCAGGACAUCUUUCUCGAGAAACAUUUUAUUCAUGCUGAAAUGGCUACACAGAAUACAAAUCCUUCUGUCUCAACAACCUCAAGAAAUAAAGAUGUUUCUAGCAGUUCAGGACAAGCACGAGACAACCACUCGGUCAGCAAACGGUUUGUAUUCGUGUUAUUUUUCUUACCGUCUUCAUCUUUUCUGGACACUUUAUCAACAAAAGGAGAUCCAGGUGUUUCAGCUUUUCCAGAUGGAGACAAUUUGUUCAAAUGGAUUGCUACACUGACAGGGCCAUCAGGAACGGUUUAUGAAGGACUAACCUACAAACUGACAUUGGAAUUUCCCAGUAGCUACCCCUACCAGGCCCCUACAGUGAAGUUUGACACCCCCUGCUAUCACCCCAAUGUUGACCAGAGUGGCAAUAUCUGCCUGGACAUUCUCAAAGAGAAAUGGUCAGCACUCUACGAUGUCCGAACAAUACUUCUGUCCAUCCAGAGCCUUUUAGGAGAGCCGAACAAUGACAGCCCUCUCAAUGCUGAUGCCGCUGCGCUGUGGCAAAACCAAGAAACCUACAAGUCUGUCCUCCUGGAGAAAUACGACAAAGACGUCCGCAGUAAACAGUCUUAAUUAGACGGACCACAGAGAUUUUCAGUGCAAUAUACACAUACAGCGUGUCAAGAGACAUGCUUAAGUUCAGAAAAAGUUCUCGUGUUUUUUAUAUCACACAAACAUUUAUGUGUCAGAGUAUCUCUACUUUUCUAAUGGAUGAGAAGAUAUUUUGUAGAAGUAGUAAACCAUUUUAUGAUGACAAUAUUUAGAUUUUAAUACUGUACUUUAAUAACAGAAGAAUGAAAAUCAAGUGUACAUUUAAUUCAUUUGUGUCAGUGUGGGUGUUUUGUACAGAUGUGUUUGAGGAAUGUACAUGUUGUAUGAAUGAAGAGUAUUUAUUUUAUAUUAACUACAGUCUUUAAUUCUAUUUCUUACAUUCCUUCUUGCUAUCCCUCUCUGACACUAAAAACUUGACAUAUAACCAUGCUUGGCACUAAGAAGAGUAAGGUCAUGGGAUAAUUCUGCUUGUAUUGAAAUACAAAUGUUGGUUAAUGUGAAUUGGUUCUUUGAGCAUACGUCAAGCAAGUGUUUCUUCCCUUUUGAGAAAGAAUUGUAAAACUUAAGUACAGUGUACAUUUGAAUAAAAUCAGAUAUUUUAA